AUGGGCCAGGCGGCCAGCGACGGCGGCGCCGGGCCCGAGUUGGAUAUCACGCUCGACGCCGUCACCGACGACGACCUCGUCAAGGAUCUCUCGCAGAUCGUCGAGACGCAGGAGGCGACGAAGCAACAGCUGCUCAAUCAAAUCGCGUCGUGCCAGCGCCAGCUUGAGCGGCUCCAGGCCGUCUCAGACGCCGGCACCUUGCUCUUGGAAUAUCUGGGCGUGCACAUCCGCACGUCGGAUCGGCGCGUGCGGCAUUUGGGGGAAUCGUUGGUCCGAGGCGACGCGAGCCUCACUCUGAAGGACUUGUUGGGUGUGGAUCCUAAUGGCGACCAGGCCACCUUUACGAGGGAGGAGAAAGCAAGGUUUAGGCAUAUAAAUGGCGGGAGCGAAGGUCUAGCUGUUCGAUCGGUAGCUGCGGCCUCGACAACGUGCAAAGGCGCGCGAACCGCGUUCGGACCCGGCCUGUCGGCCUGGGGCGUCGCCCGGCUCUAUGGUUCCACAUUGAUGUUCGAGAAGGCCCUGGGCAACCCCUCGAUCCACAAAGGACCUCAUUUAUUUUUUGCAAGAGCGUCACUCGCAAGCAAAGACCCCGCACUGCGACGGGCCGCCCAGUGUUUAGUACCGCGCCUAGCCAAGGCGGCAACCGCGGUCUUCGGCGAGGCCUGCACCUGUUGUAGAGCGAACGCCGCGGCUUUCCUCUGGGCGCUCUUCAAGGCGACGCUGCGGACGGACACCGACACAGAAAUAGCUUCUAGAGCCCACGCCGCCGCCGGCGAGGCCACGGCGUCCCUAGGUGCGUUACUGAGUCAAACAGAAGACGACGCGCCCUGGAGUCGGCUCUGGGCGGACUUUGCUGAGGCUUUAUUACCGACGGACCCGGGCCGGACCUGCACCUUCCGGCUGGCGUCCGAGUACGGGCGCCCCGGGGGCGUCUGGUGCGCCGAGGCCUUGGCCGGUCUGUCGGGGGCUGUCGUGAGGGCCGCGGUCACUGGUGGUUUACAGGGUCCGACCGGGAAGGGCCUCGAGAGUUUACUACUGUUCCUGUCGAAGGCGUUGUUGUUGGACGCCGAGGACCCCGGCGAGUCGUCGGACGACGAGGACGAGCCGCUGACGCGGACACGGGGCUUCGGGCCCGUGAAAGCAAGGUCGGCGCGCGCGGGCGCCGCCGUCGCGCUGCGCGUGCUCUUCGAAGGUGCGAACUUCACGGGCGUCGCGGAGGCUCGGAGGGCCGGCGCGCCGCGAGCUCUGGCCCUGAGCAUAGGCCUCGCAGCGAAAGACGGCAAGCACGCCGCCGCGCAAGCGGCAAUAACCGCGGCCGGCCGCGCGUUGCAGGCCUUUGCGUCUCUGAACGUCGACGCGGCGGGACGGGCCGCCGCGGAAAUCGCUAGAGCGUCCUUACCAGAUGUCGACGCCGCAACAGCGAAAUGCUUCGCGAGCGUCACGGAACGAGCGAUUGCGGACGACGGCGUCGUGCCCAAGCCCGCGCGCAUCCUGGCCAACCUCGUGACGCUGGCGUCGCCCAAGAAUGUGGAUGCGUUGGGACGGCGCUUCGUCGACACGCUAGGUGAUGCGGCAGAGGCCUUGCACGACCAAAACAAGCGCGUCAACCACUUCGCCAGAGCCGUAGCACAUUCGGGACUGUUUCCGGCUCUACAGUUACUCACGACGCACGAUGCUGUUUCGUGGUCCGUUUUCGUGGAUGCUUUAGCUCAAAUGCUUUCAUUUGUGCAGUUCACUUUGCCAGACGUCGACCGCAACGACCUGAACAGUACGUCGUAUUUGCUAGAUGUCACGGCGUUUUUGGAACGGUCUUCGUCCGAUGAACGUCGUUGUAGCACGCUCAUCGCUGGUAUUGCAGCGUUGGCCGAGGUGUAUCCCCCUCCUCAGGAGGGGCCGCUGGAGCUCUGGCACGCCUGGUCCUUGCUCUGCAACGCUUCUCUCGUCAAGGCCUCGUCGUCUACUGCUUCGAGGUUUACCGUCUACAGUUCGAUUGACGUGUUGUUAAGAUUGUCGUGGCGGGCCUGUGUGGGACCACCCUUGCUCCAAGUCCCUCGCAUCGACCCGCGCAAGUCCCCCAUGCUCAUCCAGCUCCUGAAAAGCCGGGACCCCUUCGAAGUACCGAAAGACUGGCUCGACUGGGCCGCUGUCUGUGCUCAGAUCGACGGCGAAACAACAAAGCCGUACCCCGUCGAAGUAAGGGAUGUGGUCAGCAUCAUCUGCUACGCGCAAUUACGGUCCUGGCCGGAGGAGCGGCCGCCCUGCCCAGACCACGAUCCGCUCCCUUGUACCUAUGAAGGCGCCAAAGGAUGGCUCCGGAACCUGGCCGAACCGAAAAGUGUGGACGCGUUGUAUGCCCUACUCAGGGAACAGCGGCCGGCGUCCGCCGAGUGCGCCUACCGCAUCCUCGAAGCCCUGGCGACGAACGACGACGAGGACGAACCCCUGUCGCACGCGGUCGGGCGCGUCGUCUACGCGCGCGAGCUGCGCAAGCUCGGCAAGGUCGCGGCCUGCGACGUGACUUUUGAUGGGAUGCUGCGCGCGGCGUUGGAGUCGGGCCUGCCCGUCUGCGUCCUCGAGAAGGUGCGCGGCGCGUGGGACGAAGCCCGCGACGUCCGCGAGCGCGUCGCGUCGCGGCGCGGCGGCGUUUCUACGGUCAUUGUGGAUGCGAAGCGCGCCGAGGACGCGGCGCGCGCCGAGGCCGAGCUUUUGAGCUUGUUGGACGACGAGGAGGCCAAGGCCACCCGGGCAUCGAAGAAAAAACAGAAGCGCAAGAAGAAGAAGGCCGCGGCGGCGCCGGUGGUUGUCGAGGCGCCGGCCGUCGUCGCCGACGACGAGCCGGACAGCGACUCGGACGGCGAGGCGAACCUGCUGCGGCUCGCGCGCCACGCGCCGGAGCCGGCGCCCGCCGAGGCGCCGGCGCCCGCGCCGGCCGCGCGGCGCCGGCGCAAGGGCAAGAAGGCCGCGCCGGUCGUCGUCGAGCUCCCACCGGCUCCGCCGGCGCCGGCGCGGCCGGUGCCGGCGGUGGUCAAGGCGCCGGCCGCGGUCGUCAAACCACCGGCCGCUGUAAAAGCGCCAGCCUCUGUCAAGGCCGCCGUGAAUGCUCCGCCGCGCCGCCCGCCGGUCGCGCCGGCCGCGCCGUCGCUGUCGCUGGGCGGGCUCGCGGCGCCCUGCGAGGCGCCAGCGCGGUCGCCGGCGGUCGCCGCCAUCGGACCGUCGCCGCACGCAAUCGGCCCCGCGGCGCCGACGGCGGCGGCACCGACGCGCGCGGCCGACGCCUCGCCGUUUGGCUACAGUAUGGGCGGCGACCCGGCGCCCGCGCAACUCGCCGCGGAGGCGUCGCCCUUUGGCUCGUCGCUGUUUAGCAUGCCGGCCGCACCGGCGCCGUCGAGGCAGCCGUCGAGGCAGCCGAGAGCGGACGAGUGUCCAGUUUGUUUCGGGACGACUCGGGAAUGCGCGCUCGUGCCGUGCGGCCACCUCCUGUGCGACACCUGCGCGGUUGUGUACGACGACGGCGGCCGGCCCUGUCCCGUCUGCCGGACGCCGGUGGAGCGGGUCAUGAAGGUCUACUUCUAGUAAUACUAUAUUUGUCUAUUGAA